AAAGCGCAGAAGCCCCCACUCUCCCGCUCACUCGCAGCGCCCCCUCUCUUCUCGAUCCACAGCGCAGAGACUGGAGAGGUGAUACUGCCUUGGCAACUCAGCCUGGAGGCACCGCCACGCCAGACGAGAACCUCCACCCCAAAAACGUCGGGAUAUUCUACCUACAAUUUAAACAAACAUGAAACACCAGUUAUUUGCUUUAGAUUUGAUACUUGUGUGCCUGUCGUGCGGAGCAAGUGCACUGGCCACCAGCGUUCCUGCUGCGCCCCAGUCCUCUCCAGCCGUCAAUAUCACUAAUCUGGGCGCAGCGCGCAUCAAUGGAGCCACGAGUCUCUCCAAAACCAGGAGGAGGCGUUACAUCAGCCAAAACGACAUGCUCGCCAUUCUUGAUUAUCACAAUAAAGUCAGAGGCAAAGUCUUCCCUCCUGCCUCCAACAUGGAGUACAUGGUUUGGGACGAGACGUUAGCCAAGACAGCUGAGGACUGGGCUCAUGCCUGUCUGUGGGAGCACGGGCCGUCUAACCUCCUCAGGUUCUUGGGUCAAAACCUCUCGGUCAGGACAGGACGCUAUCGAUCCAUUCUCCAACUGGUGAAGCCCUGGUACGACGAGGUAAAAGACUACUCCUUUCCAUACCCUCGUGACUGCAACCCUCGAUGUCCGCUCAGGUGCUACGGACCGAUGUGCACUCACUACACACAGAUGGUGUGGGCAACAUCCAACAAAGUGGGCUGUGCGAUUCACACAUGCUACAACAUGAACGUAUGGGGCUCUGUGUGGAAGCGGGCCACAUAUUUAGUCUGCAACUACUCACCCAAGGGUAACUGGAUCGGAGAGGCUCCCUACAAAGUCGGCGUGCCCUGUUCCGCCUGCCCUCCCAGUUAUGGGGGCUCAUGCAGCAAUAACAUGUGCUUCCCAGCCCUCAAGACAAACUACCUGCACUGGUUCAAAUAAACACAGGUUCUCCAACUUAAGCUGACAACCUCUACUACCACAGAGACAUUAUUUUAAUCAAGUAAGGAUUUGCACAACAAUUUUGGACUAUACUUUGUUGUAUAUAUCGGCUUAUUUAAAGAGAAAAACAUACAUUUGAAGGCAUCAUGUAAGUUGAUAAAAUGUAAAUAUUUUGUGUAUUAAUUUGUAGCAUUUUUUUCUUACCAGAUUGCAAAAACUAAGAUUUUUUUUAAUGGAUAUUUAUAUAAAUCUUGUGAAGGUGUGUUCUGCAUGCGGUGCUGCAAACACACUUGUUCUUUUAUUUUUUGACAAUGUGGUAAUUUAGGACAUUACUUUAGGUCUGGUACAGCUCUUCAUACAGGCUCACUUUGGUGCUAUGAGCAUCACACCUUCAUGCUGUGUGCUCUUACUUUGAAAGAAUGUCGGGAUCAAAGAGGAUCAAAAAGAUCAAAGCUUUUGACCUCAAAGGAAAACACACACUGACACUGUCAACGGCGUCGUUGCUUUUGUGCGAGUUCCAAGCUUCAUACUUUAAGCUGAACUUGAAUGAAAGACAAGUUUUGUCUGAUUUACUGAAACUGUCACAGCUGCUAGACAGGAAAAGAAGAGGCAAUCUUCUUGUCUGAAGCAAAUUAAAGAAAAGAAGAAAAAAAAACACUUCACAUUUAAGUGAAAACACCAGAUAAGAGCGAGAAAAAAGGAGUUUCAACCUGGUGUCAAUCACUGCUGCUACAGUUACCCCGGUUACGAACACAGAUUCAUCUGCUGCGCCAAACUUCAGGUUCACAGCUGAAGCACAGCUGCUGAAGUUGUAUUUAUUCAAAUGUCUCUCUUUAAGAACCUCUGUUUUUAUUGCACAAUACCCAUCUUCAGAACUCUUGUGGUGCUAGAAUGCAGCAAAAGCCUUCAUUUGCAAUGGCACAGUUUUAACAGGAAAUUAGUUUCACUGCCUGUCUAUAGGAGGCAGGAAUUUGUUUCUGCUCAAUAUCGUAACUGCUUAUUCAAUUAAAACAAUUUUGCUAGAUAAGAGCCAAACUGCUUCCCAGGAAGAGCCAGGACAUUAGGCUUUAUCAUAUCCAAGAACCUCCAACUGUUACCUCUGGACACUAAAGCCAACGCUAUGCCUGCCAUUGUAAAGGAUUUUGCACAAUUUUUGCUAAUAAAAAGCCAGAAUAGACCACCAUUAACUUGCAGUUUCACUAAACGUGUGUAUAAUAAACAUUUUGACCAAAUUCUGAAACUAGUCAGUCAUUGAAGUUACAAAAAGUCUAUCAAAAAAGGUCAAAAUAAUCAUAACAAAUCCUGCUUUUUAACAAUAACAUCUUGAACUUUUUGUUAUAAUCUGCACUAGAUUGUGUGUAAUACAGAAAAUACAUUUUUGGGGCAUUUCAUGUAAUUAUGCUUCACAGCAGUACCUAUAUCUGUUUUAAAAUCACGAGGACAGUAAAUAUGCAAGUGAAUUGUUACAUAUUUUUAUAUAGCUUUUAUUUUUGGUGAUAAUUUUUAUUAGUUCUUGGAAUAAGGCACUUAAGUGCACCUUAAUUGUUUGUAAAUUUCUAAAAUAUAUUUUGUUGUGUCUUCUUUUGUAUAUGUAGAUAUCAAUACCUUGAUUAUGUCAAAGUACGUACAAUGUAAAUUAUUCUGUUUUUAUAUAUAUUUAAAUCAUAUUCCUUUUGUAGCAAGAAUGCAGCAUAUUAAGACAUAUUCAACAUAUUCAAGAGAAUAAAAAUGCAAAAAUAAGAAAGUAACGUUUUUCAGCACUGAUGGUAUUUAAAUCAACUACGAUGUAUUUAUGUCAUGAAUUGUGUUUUGUCUUUGUCUUUGUAAUAAAAUGUUCUUUGAUUGCUA